GAAAUUGAAUCAUGGAUGAAACUAAAAGAUUAUCGACUGUAGAUAUCAUUGAAAUUCAAAGAGCACAUGUCAACAGAUUUACUUUCCAGGACACUGUUGAUAUCUCUAUGCUUAAUAGUUUCUUCUGUGGUGAUUGCUUUGAUCUCUCAGAUAAGGAGAUCAAAGACGUGGAGCUUGUAGUUCUUCUGCUAGCUUCUGCCGAGAAGAGAAUGGUUCACUAUUACACUAAAGCUCUUCAAGAGAAGAUUGAUCGAGAAACUGGAGCUAAUACAUCAAACAUAAGAGAAAUAAAAAAUGGAGGGCUGUUACUGUCAGAUGAAAAUACAGUGUGUAUGAAACCUGCAUUAAUUAAAUGUUAUGAAAUGCUUCCUUUUGUUCAAGUUAGUGUGCUUGCAGGAAUUCAAGCAAUUGUAGAACAUGUGGCCUCUGCAAGAAAGGUUCAUUAUAUCGACCUUGCAAUUAGAACUGGGGAGCAAUGUACAGCGUCAAUGCAAGCUCUUGCCAUUCGAAAUGGAGUUCCAUUAGAGCUUCUUAAAGUGACUGCCAUAGGGACAGCGGAGGAAGAGAAAAUUGAGACAGGUAAACGGCUAGCCUGUUUUGCUGAGUCCUUAAAUAUACCAUCCUCGUUCAAAGCUGCUAUUGUGACACACAUGAAAGAUAUCAAUGAAGACAUGUUUGAGAUAGAAGAUGGUGAAGUUGUAGCCAUCUACUCUCCGUUGGUUCUAAGUCAUUUAGUACGACAGCCUGAUUGCUUGGAAGCUCUAAUAAGAGUUCUUAGGAAUUUAAAUCCAUGUGUUAUGGUGGUAACAGAAUGUGAGGCAAAGCUUUGUUCACCCGUUUUCAUGGAACGGUUUUUAGAAGCAUUAUCUUCCUCCGGUUCUCACUUCGAUUACUUUGAAGAUAGUAUGGAUCGGGAUGAUCAAAACAGGUUUGCUUUUGAAGAAACAUACUUUGCUCGAGGUAUAAAAAAUAUUGUUGCAGAGGAGGAUGAAAAUAGGACUCACAGGAUUAUGAAGAUAGAUGAUUGGAGAAACUAUUUAACUAAAUUCGGAUUAGUUGAAACAACACUAGGAUCCUCAUCUUUGUAUCAGGCAGAGCUGGUUGCCAAACAG